CUUAAUUGCAGGCAUCAUUUCGACGUCGUACGUUAUUAAUUCCUAUCAAAUUACUAAGACGUGACAGCGAGCUGGCUCUGCUCUCUGAUACCGUGUCUCAAAACUGUAUCGCCCCGCGCAUUGUGCUUAAGAUAACCGCGCAUCAUGUCGAAGCUGUCGCCAACUCUCAAGUCCCUCAUAAAUGCCGCGCAUUCGCGCCCUGGCCCAGUUCCCGCCCCGUCUCGCAUUGAAGCUGUCUACAAAGGGAUAGAAAAGGAUGCCACAGCACGGAACCUUGGCCGCCCAUCAUGGCUGGCCCUCUCCACAGCCGCGACGAUGACGAUGAACUCACCAGACUCGAUGGCAGCGCUGUACAAAUACACAAGCGAGUCCAAAUCGCAGGGCGAAAGUGUCGCGAUAGCCGAAUUCAUGCGAGAAGUGGCUCUAAAGUGCAUAGGGUUCAAUGGCAUUCCUCGAACGAUCAACAUGCUCAACACAUUCCGCGCCUCGCUCCCCGCAUCCACUGCCUCUGCGUUGAACACCACACCCACUCGUCACCCUGACCCAUCCAACAUCAAGUCGAUAAGCUCUCGCGGCGAGGCCUUGUGGCAGUCGAUAUACAGGCCGCUCAACCAGAAGCUGGAAGACAAGCUCGGGGAUGCGCACCCAGAUCUGCCCGUCUGGAUUAUAAACAAUGGAUAUGGCGCGCUCUUUGCCGAUCCUCCACGCGAGGUUGGCGCUACUGUUGGCAGGUUGACAACGAGCGUGAUAGCAAUAACGUGUCUGCGAGCUCAGCAAGGCGUUGGGCCCCAGGUGUUGAGCCAUAUCUAUGGACUGAGGAAAGCGUGGGAUGAUGGGACUUGGAAGACCGACCAAGAAGUGGGCGAAGAGAGUGCCGUCAAGUGGCUUGUUAGCGAUGAAGGAUGCACGUGGGUACUUGAGAAGGUCGAUGAGCUUGUUGCGGCGCUUGGAGGUGGGCAGGGGAGCACAUUUGCACCCGUCAAGGCGAAGCUUUAGUCUUGGGAAAUGAAUGAUAAUGUCGACAACACAGCAAUAGCUCUCAUAUAGCAUGGUGGUUGUCAUCUGUAACCAUGUCUCAGGUGACAUGGACGCCUCCUCCCUUCGAACGUGCCCUCCCUACAUGAAAGAAUGUAUACCAAUCUUCUCCAGGUCCACAUUAUUUUUGAUCGCCCAGAACGAUGCGGAGGUAGACACUCUCGUAUCAUCCCAGACCAAGGGGUCAAAGGACUCGAUUGGAAAGAAGUAGAGCUAG